AGAGAGAGAGAGAGAGAAAAAAAUGUCAACAGAAUUUGACGUUUUGUUUGCUUUUCAUUUCUAGGUUAUAUAUAAGAUUGUCUAUCAAAAAUAGUGAUAACAUACUCAAAGAUGGAUGAUGCAUUUGUUGAUAUAUAUCGGCGAUUAUAAUGGCGCGGAAAAUACGUAUUAUGUUUGCAGCAGUGACAACGCUGGGUAUAUCUGUCAUGAUAUUUCAGCUAUAUUUGAUGCUAUACAAUCGCACAGGAUUGUCUGUCUCGGAUGACGGUAUACCUAUCGUGUUGUGGUGGACACCGUUUGGUACUAAUAAUCAAGUAAAAGCCUGCGGACAAGCUGUAUGUUAUUUUACGCAUGAUAGGGCAUUUCAGAACAACACGCAAUUGAAAAGUAUUCUCUUUUAUGGGAGUAAUUUUCGCGUCCGUGAUUUACCCAGUUGGAGAGACAAUGCCACAUCAUGGGGCUUGCUUCAUGAGGAAUCUCCCAGGAAUAAUCCUAUACUUGUUCAUGAAGAAGCACUUAAUCUUUUCAAUUACUCUUCGACUUUUAGCAGAUUCAGUAACAUACCGCUCACACUUCUCGACUUACCCAGUUUAGACGAAUUAAUAGGUAAAAUGUGGGAAUCGUAUUUUGUUCGUAUCAAAGAGAAGACUGCUCUGAUGCGUAAGCAAAAUUUGGCGCCAGUAUUAUAUAUUCAGUCCGAUUGCGAUACAGCUAGUGACAGAGACCGCUAUGUAUUAGAAUUAAUGAAAUAUAUUCGCAUCGAUUCCUAUGGUGCGUGUCUAAAUAAUGCUCAGCUUGAACACGGGUUGAAGGACAAUUACCUCGAUAUAUUGAAUAACCGUGAAUUUUUAUCGUUCGUUGCCAAGUACAAGUUUACCAUAGCCUUUGAAAAUGCGAUCUGUAAUGAUUACAUCACGGAAAAACUAUGGAGACCCCUUAUUGUUGGUUCUGUACCUGUAUAUUAUGGAUCGCCAUCUUUUAAGGAUUGGCUCCCAAAUAACAAAUCUGCCGUUUCAAUAUUAGACUUUGCCAAGCCAGCACAGCUCGGCCAUUUUUUACACAAACUUGUGGAAAACGAUACUGCGUACGAAGAAUACUUAUCCCACAAAUUGAGCGAGCACAAAUAUCGCGUGACGAACGAUAGAUUGCUGCACUCUCUUAAGAGAAGACCAACGGGCACUUGUAGUAAAUUUGGAAAUUACGUAGAAGCAUUCGAAUGUUUCGUCUGCGAACAAAUACAGAAAAAUCGUAAGCUACGGGAGGAUAAAGUAACGCAACGGCAAUAUGAUUGUCCUCUGCCAAGAGAUCCAAUAACAGGCGGAAUUGGUAAACAUAAUUGGUGGAUUGAUCAGUGGAAUAUUGAAAAAUGUGGAGCGAAGUUGUUGGCACAUUACGUAACGAACAACAUUAGCUUCAACAUAAAUCGAUUUGACGAGCAAAAGAUGCAUAUGUACGACAACAAGGAAUGUUGAGGCUCACAAAAGAAUUGUAGAAUUUCGGGAUAUAGCCUCCAAUUGUAUUUUAAUCAUUUGAUUUGUCUGACAAUUUUACGAGCGAUGUUGGAUGCAUCGAUGUAAAUUGAGAGUUUCUCUCUCUCUCUCUCUCUCUCUCUCUCUCUCUCUCUCUCUCUCUCUC